GAAGAAAAGAAGAGUGUGUACUGAAAAAACCCCAAAUAUUCUUCUCUCUAGGGCUAAAUCACACACACAAACACACACAUCGUUGAAGAGAUGAAACCCUAAAUCUAGAUCCUUCUACCAGCUAACUUUUCUCCACAAGCGAUUUAGGUUAUAACAUUCGAUUAAUCUGUUAUCGCGAACGAGAUCUGUGAAUUUGCUAAAAGUUUGUGUCAUAAGUUACCUCAUUGUUGAUUGAAUUAGGUUUGAUUGAAUUGUAGAUUGAAUUAGUGUGAUUCGGAUCUGAAUCGGUUGGGCGAAAUGGAGCCGGAGGUGGUUAAGCGUAGAGGAAGGAAGAGGAAGAGGAAGGGGGGAGAAGAUGUGGAGAAAACGGCGAAAAAAGCGGCGGUUGGGAAGUCGUUGGUGCUUAUCGGGCGGUAUGUGAAGAAGGAGUUUGAGGAGAGUGGUGAGUUUCUAGGGAAGAUUGUUUCGUAUGAUACGGGAUUGUAUAGGGUUAAUUAUGAGGAUGGGGAUUUUGAGGAUUUGGAAACGAAGGAAGUGAAAGCGCUUCUUGUUCAGGAUAGUGAGAUGGAUGCUGCAUUUCGGAAGAGGAAGAAGUCGUUAGAUGCGUAUUUGUUGAAAAAAGCCAAAAAAGAGUCGGUUAAAUCGGAUGUUGUUGGAAAUGAUAACAGUGGUAAAAAGGUUGAAACUGUGGUUAGUGAUAGCGGUGUGGUAGAUAAUGGUGUUGAGUUAACCAGUGCUGAGAAGGUUGAGGCGGAUGUUGAAUCAUCGAGUGAUUUAAGUGAUUAUGAGCCGUCUGCUGAUGUGGCGGAGGUUGAACGUCCUCCACCGCCACAAUUGCCGCCUUCUUCCGGAAAUUUCGGGGUCCCCGAGGAGGAUGUGUCGUACCUUCUUUCUGUAUAUAGCUUCCUGCGCUCGUUUAGCGUUUGUUUGUUCUUAAGUCCUUUUGGACUUGAUGAGUUUGUUGGUGCUCUUAAUAGUACCGUUCAUAAUACACUGUUGGAUGCAAUUCACGUUGCUCUCAUUCGUGCAUUGAAGAGUUAUGUGGAAACCGUUUCUUCAGACGGUUCGGAGCUUGCACAGAAAUGUCUCAGAAGCAUGGAUUGGAGCUUGCUGGAUUCGUUAACGUGGCCAGAGUUCGUAGUUCAAUAUCUAACGGCUAUGCGAUACACAGAAGGGCAAGAAUGGAAAGAUUUUUACCUUACCGUUUUGGAGAAAGACUACUACACUCUAUCGCCCGGUAGAAAGUUAACCAUUUUGCAGCUGUUAUGUGACGAUGCGUCGAAUUCAGCCGAACUAAUGGCAGAAAUCGACAACCGUGAAGAAUCAGAAUUCGGCCCUGAUCCCGAUAGAGUUGUUGAUAGAGCUGCUGAUAGAGUUGUUGUAAGUAAUGAAAAUAUCUCUAGAAGAGGCCGUCCUCGUAAGAAUCCGUUGCCCAAGGAACAAGAAGCUGUAAAAGAUGUUUCGGAAAGCCACACGCCAACCGCUCCUGUUUCCAAAACUACUGGGGAUGACAAUGACGACGAUGAUGAUGAUGGUAAUGGUGACGAAUGCCGCUUAUGUGGGAUGGAUGGGACGUUAAUUUGUUGUGACGGGUGUCCGUCAUCGUAUCACUCCAGAUGUAUAGGCGUAAUGAAAAUGUUCAUUCCCGAAGGGGACUGGUAUUGUCCAGAAUGUACGAUUAACAGAAUCGGGCCGGUUGUUACCAAGAAAUCGUCUCUAAAAGGAGCUGAGUUUUUCGGUAUUGAUCCUUACGAGCAAGUGUUUUUGGGAUCUUGUGAUCAUCUACUAGUGAUGAAAGCUCCCGCAAGUUCGGGCUCACAUAUCCGAUACUAUUCACCUGCGGAUAUUCAAAAAGUUUUGCAUGCACUUACUUGUUCUGUUGAGCAUACAGCUUUAUACAUGGAAAUAUGCAAGGGUAUUUUGCAAUAUUGGGAAAUUCCGGAAAAUAUAUUUCGAAUGCCUGAUUCAGUUAAUGCACCGGAUGUUAUUAAUGCUGGAAACGUUAACGGUGUUGCUGAAAAUGACUCAAAAAAGGAUUUGGUAACUGCAUGUGAAGAUAAAUGUAAAUCUUCUGAAAAUGGGAAUAGCCAUAAUAAAAGCGGUACAAACAGCGCGUAUGAUUUGUCUAACUUGCUUUACAAGAAAGAAGCUAAUAUAGCUAAGUCUUACAUGGGUUUAUCGUUUAAACCACAAGCGUACUUAAACGUUUACAUUCAUGGAGAUUUUGCUGCAUCAGCCGGUGCUAGUUUAGCUAUUCUAUCAUCAGAAGAAAAACUGGCGACACAAACUCAAUCUUCAACAAGCAGCCAUAGGAAAUUUAUGUCUGCUAAUUACUCACUUCAGGCAAAAGCAUUUUCACUUGCUGCUAAACGUUUUUACUGGCCGAAUUACGAAAAGAAACUUGUGGAAGUUUCUAGAGAAAGAUGUGGCUGGUGUCUUUCUUGUAAAGCUACUAUUAAUAGCAAAAGAGGGUGUUUGUUGAAUGCAGCUGCUUCAAAUGCCAUUAAAGGUGCUGCAAAGAUACUUUCUUCUUCACGCCAGUCGAAAAAUGUGGAGGGCAGUCUUGCUUCUAUUGCAACUUAUGUUAUAUUCAUGGAAGAAAGUCUGUACGGUUUAACCGUUGGGCCUUUUUUGAAUUCAAGUUAUCGAAGUCAAUGGCAGAAACACGUCGAGGAAGCUGCAACUUUGAGUGAAAUAAAGGCGUACUUGCUUGAAUUCGAGAGGAAUAUCCGCGACAUUGCGUUUUCUUCAGAUUGGAUCAGGCUCGUAGAUGAUACGGGUUCAGAAAGUCAACCCAGUCAAAGUGCGAAAAGCGUAGUAGGGUCCGCUAAAAAACGUGGGCCAGGCAGGCCCGGUAGAAAACCGUCAAUCGUAAUACCUGAAACCCCUGACGCUGAUGUCAAAGAUGUAUCAAGUGAUUUUGCUUGGUGGCGUGGUGGUAUGCUUUCUAAGCACGUUUUCCAGAAAGGGAUAUUACCUCAAAGGUUGAUGAAGCAUGCUGCUCGACAAGGUGGUUAUGAAAAGAUAAAUGGUGUGCAAUAUGUUGACGGGCUUGAGAUUGCUAAAAGAAGCCGUCAGUUUAUCUGGCGAGCUGCAGUUGACUUGAGUCAAACUGCAUCACAACUUGCUCUUCAGGUUAGGUACCUAGACCUUCAUUUGAGAUGGAACGAACUUGUUUGCCCUGAACAACCUCUUCAAGACGGAAAAGGUCUAGAAGCAGAAGCUUCUGCUUUUCGCAACGCUUGCAUUAUCGAUAAGAAACUUACGGGAACUAAACUUUGUUACGGUGUUGUUUUUGAAAAUCAAAAGCAUCUUCCGUCACGUGUUUUAAAGAAAGUAUUAGAAGUAGAGGAAACCGGUGAUAAAAAGUCGAAAAACUGGUUUCUUGAGAUGCACAUUCCGUUAUAUCUUAUCAAAGAGUAUGAAAUGGUAGUGGCUGCAGAUGUAAAGCCACCAAUAUCUGAUAUUAAACAUGUGACAAAAUCAUCAAAGUUGAGCAAAAAACAGUUAAAGGCUUCUGGCAAGAAUAUAUUUUCGUUUCUCGAGCAGAAGAGGGAUAAUUCGGGCAAGUGCUUUUGCACUUUUUGUCAACAUGAUGUUCUGUUUAGGAUUGCUGCAAGGUGCAGUGUAUGCCAAGGUUAUUGUCACGAGCAGUGUGCUGUCGGUACAGACAUUCAAACAGCUGCGCGGGUCGAGUUUUUAAUCACAUGUAAACGGUGCUACAUCGAUAAAGACGCCACACCUAAAAAGGAGAUUGUUGGCGAUUCUCCAACUAGUCCUUUACUAUUGCAAGGUCAAGAAAGUCAACAUUCAACAUCACUCAUUAAAGUGGGAAAACAAAACGGUCACGGUCAUGAAAGACCGUUAGAAUAUUCCAAUCUGAUAUCCGGUCAACCCAAAAAAGGUACAAGCGGAAAGAAAAACAGUAAAAACCGGCCCCUGCAUUCUGUCGAUCAAAAGCCGAAAGUUUUUAGUUCAAGUAAGGGGUCGAUAAAGAAAGGUAGCAAAAACAGUAAGUUAUGUUUGGGGUUGAUUUGGAAGAAACGGAACGUAAAUGACACCGGAACAGAAUUCAGGAUAAACAAUAUACUUAUGAAGGGUAAUCCGAACGGGCAUUUGCUGGCACCGAAGUGUCAAUUGUGUACACAACCGUAUGACCCUAAGUUGAUGUAUAUUCUAUGCGAGAAAUGCAAAAACUGGUUUCACGCAGACUCUGUUAACUUAAAGGAGUCGAAAAUUAUGGAAUUGUUCGGGUACAAAUGUUGUAGGUGUCGAAGGAUCCGUAUACCCAUAUGUCCGUAUACGGAUCCCGACACCCGAGUGAAGUUAGAGGCGAAAAAGGACGCCAUGGCAAAGGUUCAUAUGCAGAAGAACUUAGGAUCCGAUUCCGAUCUUGACUCCAACGAUGAUGUAACAACGGAGGACUGGGAUCUCGAUUCCACUCCGUUGUUUGAAUCAGAAGACGCUGUAAACUUCGAAGAAGAAAGUGAAAAUCCGUUCUAUUCUUUUCAAACGAUUGACCAAGUCAACGAUGACAAGCUUGAAGUUGACUCCGGAGUUGGACCCGGGCCUAAGAAGUUACCCGUCAGGAGACAUAUAAAACCGGAAAAGGAAUCCGAUGUCGGUUUCGAAAUUCCGACAAUGUACACGGGAAUUAACAAUCCAAACCCCGCAGCAGGGGAAUCAUCAACUCCGAUUGUGGAAUGGGAUGUUUCUGCAAACGGGGUUGCGGAUGAUAUGAUGUUUGAUUACGGGGAUCUAAAUUACGAAGACAUGGAGUUCGAACCACAAACGUAUUUUUCUUUCAAUGAACUGCUUGCAUCGGAUGAAGGUGUCGGUGGGUCCGGGGACCCACCGACAGACGUGAAUGGACCAACAACAGAUGAUUAUAACCUUAACCCUGAGCAGUACCAAAUGGGCAUAACUUAUGAUCAACAAGAGCCCAUGUUUUCCGUAGAAUCCGGGCUUGAAAUGGUGCCGUGUAAGGUGUGUUCACAAACCGACCCGUGCCCGGACUUGUUCUGCCAGACGUGCGGUUUGUGGCUGCACCAGGAUUGCUCACCGUGGGAGGAAGACUCGUCUUGGGAGCCCGAAACAGGCUGGAAAUGUGGCAACUGUCGAGAGUGGCGUUAAUGGUGUUAGUGGCGUUAGUGAGUGUUUCUAUCCCAUUGAGGACAUAAUCGUCUUUUCCCCUCUCAAAUCCCUAACAUAUUGCUGUUGUUUAUGUACAUAACUGUUCAUGGAGAGGGGGGUGCGGAUUAUUUAGUGAAGUUGGCCAGUUUGGUGUAUCGUGUUUGAUUAGAUCGCAUUUGGUUGGUUCAUAUAUACUUGUUUUCGAAUUUCGAUUCCCCUUUGGUUUUGUGGGGGCAUGUAUACCAUUUUGAUAGGGCUAUGUGAUGGAUGGUACACCCGAGGCACGAUAGAUGAGCGACUUUUCUAGUAUUGUUUGUCGUAUUUGAUUGAUUGUUGGUGGUUUUUUUUAAGUUUUUUAAAGAUAUUCAUGUUGCUGAUCUUUAUUGUGUUUUACUCCUUUAGUUA